UCGUUGCAUCCUCCCACUCUCAUCAGUCGCGGAGAAGAGGGAGGAAGGGGAAGGGGGAGAGAGAGAGAGAGCUCAGCAAUGGCGGCUGCGGCGAAGUCGAUCAUCUCCCUGGCCGUCUUCUUCCUCCUUAUCUCCUUUUCUCUCUUUAUCUCCACCGGCGAUCCUACUUCCCGCCGUUUUUCCUUCUCCCUUCCCCUCCCUUCCCCCUCCUCGCUUCGCUGCCCCGCCACCUCCGCCGCCACCCGGCCACCGCCCCUCAAGGUGUAUAUGUACGACCUCCCCCGCCGCUUCAACCUCGGCAUGCUGGACCACCGCGGGGAUUCCGAUCCCGAGGCGUCCCAGGCGGCGGAGGGGGCCGCCGAGCUGCCACCUUGGCCGCAGAAUUCCGGGAUCAAGAAGCAGCACAGCGUGGAGUACUGGAUGAUGGCAUCGCUGAUGGGUGGAGGAAAGUCGGAGGACGCGGAGGCGGUGAGGGUUUUCGAUGGGGAAGAGGCGGAGGCAUUCUUCGUGCCCUUCUUCUCGUCGCUUAGUUUCAAUACCCACGGGCAUAAUAUGACUGAUCCCGAUACCGAGAUCGAUCGGCAGCUGCAGAUUGACCUACUGGACUUUCUGAGGACAUCUAAGUAUUGGCAACGUUCUGCAGGUCGUGACCAUGUAAUUCCGAUGCAUCACCCGAAUGCUUUCAGAUUUCUCAGAGAUCAGGUGAACAGCUCUAUUCUUGUAGUUGCAGAUUUUGGGCGAUAUCCCAGAUAUUUGUCUUCCCUGAGCAAAGAUAUUGUAGCUCCAUAUGUGCAUGUUGUGGAUUCCAUUCUGGAUGAUGAUCCUCCUGAUCCAUAUGAUUCCCGCCCUACACUUCUCUUUUUUCGAGGGCGAACAGUCAGGAAAGAUGAAGGAAAGGUCCGUUUGAAACUGGCAAAGAUAUUAAAAGGCUAUGAUGAUGUGCAUUUUGAAAAUAGUUUCGCCACUGGGGAAGGCAUAAGAGCAUCCUCAGAAGGCAUGCGGUCAUCGAAGUUCUGUCUUCAUCCUGCUGGGGACACUCCCUCGUCAUGCCGUCUCUUUGAUGCUAUUGUUAGCCACUGUGUCCCUGUAAUUGUGAGUGACCGAAUUGAGCUUCCCUUUGAGGAUGAGAUAGAUUAUAGUCAAUUCUCGCUAUUCUUCUCUGUUAAAGAAGCUCUUCGACCAGAUUAUAUGGUUAAUCAGCUCAGACAGUUCCCAAAAGAAAGAUGGACUCGGAUGUGGAGGAGACUGAAGAGCAUUACUCACAAAUACGAGUUCCAACACCCGACCAAAAGGGAUGAUGCUGUGAACAUGAUAUGGCGGCAGGUGCGGCAUAAGCUUCCUGCGGCCAAUCUUGCAGUGCACCGGAGCAGAAGGCUCAAGAUCCCAGACUGGUGGAGUCGAAGGUGAUGAAUGCGUGUACAUUGGUCAUUCCUGUGAGGGGCUCUUUGCUGAUGGGGAUCUGUUAUGAUCAAAUGCACCACAAACUGCACCAUGACCGUCGAGCAAGUUGUUGAUUACUGGCAGGUGAUCUUGAUUGUUAGAUGUAUACUCAUUUUCCCUCCAUUGAUGUAACUUUUUUAUAACGAUUCUUUUCCAAUGUAUCAAGGGACCGAAGUAUUUAAUAAGAGUAAAGCAUGUUUUCACA